AUGACUAUUAAUGAAAUAGCUAUACCACCAAAAGUCAAUAUAACGUUGGAUUUCAAAGUCACUCAGAUAUACAUCACAGACAGCGAAGAUCUAGUCAUGGUCGAAAUCAACGACAAUGGAGGGCUCGACGUCUGCAUCGAUUUGAUAGACAGAAAGUUGAAAGAGCAAAGAUCUCAGCCCAGCAUUCUCUGCCAAGUGAUUGGAGUCGUGACUCAUUUCCUGUGGCUCUGGAUGUUCUCCUGGAGCUUCAUGUGCAGCUACCACAUGUAUCACGUGUUCACAGCCAACACUCCAACCUACAGUGCCGGCUCAACAACUCAUGGGCUAAGAAAGUCUGUAUGUGGAUCAUUUGUGUUGCCAUUCACUGCAGUCAUUGUAGUGAUAGUGUACAGCUACUGGGCUACUCAAGGGAGACAAGUCGGCUAUGGAAAUGUUAUGUGUUAUUUGGAUUUGCCCUUGUUCAGAGGUAUCUUUGUCACAGUUCCCCUGUUGGUUAUCACCCUGGUCAACGUGGCCUUCUUUCUGGUGGCAGCUUACAAAAUUUACGGCAUACGACGACUUCAGACUUUUUCUUUGUUCACGUCUGGCUCCGACUUCCACGUGACUGUCUACGUCAAGCUGUCCACUGUGACCGGGGCGUUUUGGCUUGUUGCUAUCCUGGCUGAGGUUCUUAACAACCAGCCACUGCAGUAA